AUGGACGAGUUCAACGACAUCCUCAACGAGUGGGUGGAGAACCGGACCUCAGAAUCUGGCUACAACAUCCAACAGGCUAAGCAGGACGACCUCACGCGGUUGAUGCAGCUGGUGGUGAACGAGCGGAUGGCGCCGGACGUUUUAGAGUAUGAGGAGGAGUUACUCGAACGAAUUUUGGCGCGGACUCGUCUGCAGAUUGAGUUUAUCGAGAUCAACUCGUUGGAGCUCCAGCUUGAGAAGGACAUCAAGCUUCAACUCAUGAUUGUGGAGCUGGAGUUGGAGCGAGUUAAUUAUUUGAUUCGGACAUAUUUGCGCACCCGGCUCUCUAAAAUAGACAAAUUUACCGUGUACAUCACGAAAAAUGGUGACAUGGUCAAGCGCCUUUCGCCAUCUGAGGUCUCUUACAUGAGAAAGCAUUUUGAAAUUUUGACGACAUUGUAUAAAAAACAGUUCCUUUCCAGGUUGCCAGAACUGUUACAGUUGCUUGAUGAUACCGGUGGUGGAAUAUCCAUGAUCGAGGAGCCCGAUCUUGACAAACCCGUGUUUGUGAAGGUGGUCAAAACGAUCAGUCACAGCAUUGACGUGAAUAACGAAGAGGUGGAGCUUCUCCAGGACGGGAUCUACGUCUUGCGGUAUAGCGCUAUCCGACUGUACAUUAUGAUCGGGGACAUCAAGUUGAUUUAG